AUGAUUCAGCCAUGGUUCGAGUCGUUACCCGCUGUUUUGAUUUUUUCUCUGGGUCGUUAUUUCUUCAACGGAACGAAAGGAGAAACAGAAAAACUCAACAUGCGCUUUCAUUUCCCUCGUACCAUCUUUAUGGAUCGCUAUAUGGCGAGUAACUACGAUAUUGUGUCUCGUCUUCGCGAGGAAAGAAACCGACUACGCAAUGAGUUGUCUGACGUUCGUGCUGCUCUGAAAGGGAUGAACGAAUUUCCUAUUGGUGAUCAUACGGACAGGAUCGUAAAUAUUCUGAAGGCUACACUACGAUUUGUGGAGGGAGAGAAAUCUGACAGGUAAGC